AUGUCAACUGAAACCGAAAAUAACAAUCAGGUUGAUAGACCAAUUUGGUAUGAACCAUUCUUGGAUCGUGGUUUAGUUCCGGAUUUUUUACUUCGAAGAGCAAUUAGAGUCUUAUUAAAGGAAAGAUUAAGUUGGAUUCAGUUAGGAGAUGUAGCAAAGAAUCAUCAAAGAAAAAUCGCUUACGUUAAUUCAUUGAAAGAAAGGCCAAUUGCCGAGCAUACCGAACAGGCUAACAAACAACAUUAUGAGGUUUCCACAGAGUUUAUGAAGAUUUGUUUGGGAAGAAGAAUGAAAUAUUCUUGUUGCCUUUUUCCAAACGGAAAUGAAAGUUUGGACGCGGCAGAAGAAGCAAUGUUGGAAUCCUAUUGCAUCAAAGCUCGGUUGUCGGAAGGAAUGGAAAUCCUUGAUUUAGGUUGUGGUUGGGGAAGUUUGUGUUUGUAUUUGUGUGAGAAAUAUCCAAAUGCGAAAAUCACAGCAUUGUCCAAUUCAAACACCCAAAGACAAUAUAUCGAGUCAAUCGCGCAACAGAAGGGAUUUAAAAAUCUAAAAGUCAUCACUGCGGACAUCAAAGAAUUUGAAUUUGAAACUUUAACUCAAUUUGAUCGUAUUAUGUCGAUUGAAAUGUUUGAACAUAUGAAAAAUUAUGAAUUUUUAUUUACCAAAAUUUCAAAAUGGAUUAAAUCAAAGGGAUUGUUGUUUAUUCACAUAUUUUGUCACACCGAUCAACCAUACGAUUUUACCAUUGGUGAUGGUUGGAUGUCAAAAUAUUUUUUUACGGGCGGAACAAUGCCUUCCGCUGACUUGUUACUUUAUUUUCAACGUCAACUACAUUUAGCUGAUCAAUGGAUUAUUAAUGGUAAUCAUUAUGGUCAAACUUCCGAAGAAUGGUUAAAAUUAAUGAAUAAAAAUAAAAAGGUUGCUUUGGACUAUCUUGCCGAAACUUAUGAUGGAGAACAUUUUAUAUUGCCGUUGCCGAAUUAUUUAAAUAUAAUAAUGGAAACACCUGGAAAACAGAGAGAAUAUUUAGAGGAAGAUGAGGAUGAACCUCCUUCCCCCCCCUUAAAUGAUAUCAACGAUUUAUCGAAAUGGGAUGAGCGAGAUUUACAAGAUUUAGGAGAAAUAUUAAAAGAUUGUAUACCAUUAAUUAGAUUUUCUGAAUUUUCCAGAGGGGAAUUCUAUGAUAAAAUUUGGCCUUUAAAAGAUAUUUUGCCUUUGGAAUUAAAACAAGACAUUUCGUUAUUUCAUAAAAAUCUUGAAAUUUUACCCAAAUCACUUUUAUCCCCAAGGAAACCCAUAAUCUCAAUUAAUUCAAAUAUUAUUAAACCACAACAAGCUUCCAAAAUCCCUGAUUGGAUUAAUGAUCAAGAUCAUGUACAAUUAAAUUCACGAUUUAAUACGGAUAGGGCCAUCUACGAUGAUCCUUCGUUUGGUCCUUGUUUUGGUAAGACUGAUUUAGAUAUGAGGAGACAAUUUAAUGAAGAAAAUUGUUCUGCUAAACAACAAUGUUAUAAACAAUCAAUUGCCGAUACUUCGAAAUUUGCCGUGGAUGAUUAUGAAGUAUUUCAGGUUUUACGUCAUACCUCGGGAUUCCUUACAAAUCCACAGAGCCAAGUUCCGCUAGCAGAACUUCCAAGUGAGUCAGGAUUUCCGCAAGAGUAUCCGUCAUAUGAUAACGAUUCUGAGUUUGAUUUUUUUGAUUUUUAUGAAUAG